GGGCCCCCGCGGUGCGCUCCUGGGUUCGUCCCAGGCGGGGACCCCCGUCCUCACCGCGGCCCCCAGGCCUCAGGGACCGCACUCCCCGCUCCGGCUCGCAUGGCGGACAAGAAACUGGUGGUGGUGUUUGGAGCCACAGGUGCUCAGGGAGGCUCAGUGGCCCGGACGCUCCUGGAAGAUGGGACAUUCAGGGUCCGAGUGGUCACUCGAGACCCUGGGCAGAGGGCAGCAAAGGAGCUGAGGCUGCAGGGUGCAGAAGUGGUGCAAGGAGACCAGAAUGACGAAGCCAGUAUGGAGCUGGCCCUGACUGGGGCUCACGCUGCCUUCAUCGUGACCAACUACUGGGAAAACUGCAGCCAGGAGCAGGAAGUCAAGCAGGGAAAGCUGCUGGCUGAUCUGGCCAAGCGCCUGGGCCUUCGCUACGUGGUCUACAGUGGCCUGGAGAACAUCAAGAAGCUGACUGCCGGGAGGCUGGCAGCGGGCCACUUUGAAGGCAAAGGGGAGGUGGAGGAGUAUUUCCGGGACAUCGGAGUUCCCAUGACCAGCGUGCGGCUGGCCUGCUAUUUCGAGAACCUACUCUCCUACUUCCUGCCCCAGAAAGCUCCAGAUGGAAAGAGCUACUUGCUGAGCUUGCCCAUGGGUGAUGUGCCCAUGGAUGGCAUAUCUGUGACUGACCUGGGUCCUGUGGUGCUCAGCCUCCUGAAGAAGCCAGAAGAAUACAUCGGCCAGAACAUCGGGCUCAGCACCUGCAGGCACACGGCGGAAGAGUAUGCCGCCCUGCUCUCCAAACACACCGGCAAGGCCGUGCGCAGCGCCAAGCGGCAGCAGCCCAGCAAAACGUCUGGAGGGCAGCAGUGGACUGGACCAGAGGUCGCCAUAAUUGGACACCAGUGAGAAAAGGUGACACCCUGCUUACAGGAAAGGCCGGGGAAUAAAGCCAAGGAAGGGACAGCGCUGCCUCGCCUGUAGUGUGCACACAGGCCUGGGAGGUGGGGGUGGUUUGACUUCCCCCCUCCCACACACUUCAGAGGAGAGGGAGCAACGCCCAGAGAACACAGGUCAGAUGCCUGAGGCUCCACGGCAGGCGUGUUUUUCCUGUAUGGAUUUGCGUAUCGUCGGUCGUGGCUCUCUUUACUCCCCUGCCUUAGCCUCAGAACCUGCAGUCAUGAAGACCGACAGCAGUGCCAUUAGAUUCAUUUGAUCCAUUAAUUACUUGAAAAAGCAUUUGACAACUUACCACUGUGCCAGGUUAACCAUGUUAAUCAAAAAGUUAUGCUCUCUACCUUGAGGAGCUUCACUUGGUGAGAGACCCAGAUACCAGUAUGCAUGAAUAGUUCUAGAUUGACAUAGAACUGCAGAAAAUGGGAAACAUAAAUGGGAGGAGGGGCCUGUUUUAGGGGAACAGGGACAGGCAGAGGUAUAAGGGGAGGGCAGUAAGCCCCUAGACAGGGCAGGAGGGCAGGCCAUGACAGCACAGGCUUCCAAGCCCAGCAGCGUCAGCAAGAGAAUGUUAAGAGGCCAUCUGCGUCCAGCCCUAUGUGAUGCCCAAGUGCCCCAUACCCGAGGGUGGGAAACACCUGCUUAGGGUUGAGAUCCACCGUGAUGAGAUCCUAGAGUGGCCCGUGGUCAGUACGGAGCCUGGGGGAGUCCACUGUGCCCAGAUGCAGAGCAAACCAGCAAGCCCGCGUCGGGUUCCAGGCACACGUCACCCAAAGGGACAGAAGCUGGGCACGUUGCUGAGCCUUGCCAGUCUGCUUACCCAGUGUUACCUGGCCAGGCUGCCCCUAGGACGCCGUGAGAUCAUUUGUGACAAGCAAUGUCUGACAUCUCCAGGUCACCCUUCCCCUCCUUCUGAGACAAAUGGUCAAACCCUGCUAGCCUCCAGUGCCCUCAGCCUGUUCGCUGCCCCCACCCUAAGUGUGGCCAAAGCAGUGGAUCUAAGCAGAAACAGCCCAAAGCCAGUGAAAUAAAUAGAACUGUGCACAACA